AUGUCCUCCAAUUCAUUGUUUGAACUUGUAAAAUAUUCAAUCACAUACAUGCUUGUUUAUACACGUGUAAACGACAAGGAAAAGAUUAUAUGCAAUGUGGUUGAUAAGCAGAGGCGACUCAAAUUUCAGGUAAGACUGAAUAAAGAGCGAGAAGAAAAGAGAAAGGAGAAAGCAGAGGCUCGUCUCUACACGAUCAUCAAGGUAGCUCGUGAUGAAGACCUCGGUGAACAAAUUGGGAAGGAGAUUUAUUUUGAUCUUGUGAAUCAUGAUAAAGUGUGUACAUUUCGUAUUAAGAAAGAUAUACCAUUUACUCAAUUCAAGGAGGAAGUUGCUAAGGCAUUUGGUAUACCGGUGCAAUUUCAACGUUACUGGCUAUGGUAUAAACGCAAUAACCACACAUAUCGGCCUUAUCGUGCAUUGACAUCCCAAGAGGAAAUUCACUCUGUUGGCCAAUUGAGAGGAAGUUCAAAUGAAGUGAACAAUGCUGAGCUAAAACUGUUUCUGGAAGUAGAAUUAUGUCUGGAAAUAAAAUUUGAACCUAGUGUGUGUUGUGAAAAAAUUGACAGCAUGCUGAGUUUUUGCGACUAUCAGCUGGAAGAUGGGGAUAUAAUUUGCUUUCAGAAAUCCCUUCAAAAUCAAUGCAGAGAACAGUAUCGCUUUCCUGAGGUUCCUUUGUUUUUGAAGUACGUGUACAAUUGCCAGUUUAAAGUGACGAAAGGGCAUGAUGAAACAGAACAAAAAGCAGAAGCUUGUCUCUACACAAUGAUCAAGGUAGCUCGUGAUGAAAACUUUGGUGAACAAAUCGGAAAGGAAAUUUAUUUUGAUCUUGUGAAUCAUGAUAAAGUACGUACUUUUCGUAUGCAGAAACAGAUGCCAUUUACCAAAUUCAAGGAGGAAGUUGCCAAGGCAUUUGGUAUACCGGUGCAAUUUCAACGUUACUGGCUAUGGAAAAAACGUGAGAACCACACAUAUCGUCCUGAUCGUGCAUUGACAUCUCAAGAGGAAAUUCAAUAUUCCGUUGGCCAACUAAGAGAAAAUUCAAAUACAGUGAAUAAUACUGAGCUAAAACUGUUUCUGGAAGUAAUAUUAUGCCCGGAUUUGCGACGUUUACCUCCACCAGGAAAGACCAACAAAGAAAUCCUUCUAUUUUUCAAACUUUAUAACCCUCGCGAAGAGAAGAUAAGGUAUUACAUCUUGCUUCUCAAUAGCAGGAAUAUUUUCGUGCUUGAAUUUGGGAUCUCCUCAUCUAUUUCUAGAAAACACGAUUACAUGGAGAGGUGUUUUGUACUUUAA